GCGAUGCAAACCGCACAAACACCACGGUCAGGUGACCGCGUGUUGCAAAAGACACGCCCGACACGUCCGUCUUUUCGCCGCUUCAGAUCCUGAUCAGCGGCGUCGAUGUGAUUGCGAUGCUGCUGCCCCCCUUUCGGAUGUCCCUUGUACAUAGGCAUCAGUCAGAAUGUCCCUGCUGGACUAUUGGGACACCAAACGUCCGUCUGUAAAACGAAGAAAAGUCUCGGCAGAGACGGAAAAAGACAGAAGCCCGGAAAAAGAGGAUACUCUUCAGGAGAAUGGCCUAGAGAGCCCCAUGCCCCAGGCCUUGGACACACCAUCCCUGGAUCAAGCUGAUCGAAGCCUCACUGGUGACGAGGAGUUUCCUUUCCCCCAGAGCCAGACGGAGUUGGAAUCGUCGCUUCCAGCGCUCCAGGCCGAUAGCGAGGCCAUCGAGGAGUAUGAGACGGCUCACGCUGUGGCGGCAGGCCAGGAAGAGGAGCCGGAUCUGCAGUCACGGAUGCAGAAUGGCAAGUGGCGAAGGGGGAAGAGCUCCAUCUACGUGGAUGCGUUCAAUCUGGCGCUGGAAACUGUGCUGGAUGAAGAGGCGCAUCUGUUUGACGAGGCCGAGAUGGAGUUUUUCAAUCAAUGGAGGGCCCUUUCUUACGAGUCCCAGUAUUUAUAUGUUCGGCUCUUCCUGCGAAAGACCUCCGCGUGGCAUCGCAUCAAUCGACUGGGGUAUCACUCGGAUAUCUCGGACGUAUCUCGCGUCGUAGACGAUCUCCAACGCAGUCGAAACCUCCCUCCGAGAUCUGUGUCUGCGGGUGAAAACCCGGCGGGCCUCGAGUGCCCGGAUGAGCUGGGUCUCGGCGGGGAGUUUCGCUUUGCGGACAAGACGGAAGAAAUUACCACCUUAGAAGAAGCGUCGUCGCUGUUACUUCUCGAAGAAUUGAAGAAUUUAGCCAAAGAAGCCAAGGUCCAAGGAAAGAGUAAAAAGGAACUCCUGACGGCCUUGCACCGCGCCAGUCAAAGACAAACGGGCCUGGACUGGAAUAGCGACAGGCAGCCGGUCAACCGAGACGCGCAUUUCGUCCAGAAGAUCCUGGACUACACAGGCGGCUGCAUCAGACUUGCAUCGGGCCCUCGGGCCCUCUUUGAACGUGUACAUCUUGUAUUCUAUAAAUCGACCGAGUGGACGGAGAAGUCCCUCUCCACCAUCAUCCUGGCGAAGAUAUCCCGCCGGAAUUUCCCAGAGUAUGUGGUCUGCCGGUCGAACUCGAUCUUCCCAUCGAGGGAUUUCUUACUGGAGUUUGAGUCAGCCCUACGGACCCAGUUCCAGAUCGACAAUAUCCUCGAGUUCAACGGGACACCGACGAAGGAAAUGCUAGAGCAAGUGAGAGACCUUGCGUACAAAGUUCACCCACGGUGGAAAUUCCUCCUCGAGCAUGAAAGACGCAAAGAGGAAACCGUCUACGAAUGCGGAGAGGGCGCUUACCUGCGCCGGUUCUCCCCAGCCUGGGUCUACACACGAAUCAUCCACAAAGGACUGCAUCCCCUGGGGCGCUUCAAGGAGCACAGGGAAGAACAUCGCGUUCUCUCCGAACUCCUAGGCCAACGGCUCUUCCACGCUGCCCGCCGCGGUGCAUGGUACCAGCGCAAAGCCCUGCUGGAGGAGCACUACAUGUGGGCACUGACGCCGAACGACGGACGCAGCGAGGAAGCGCAGCGAAAGCACUGGCGACGCAUUGCUCUGCGCACCUGCGAAGCCGGCCUCGAAGACCCCGACUGCCACAUCAUCUACCACUACGACCUGCAGAAACGCAUCACCAAGCUCGAAAAGGCCCUCCGGGUCGUCAAACGCGAACAGCACGAAUUCAACCACGUCCGGCUCGUCAAGCCCGAGGAGCGAACCAUCGAGGGCAUCCGCAUCGAGCGCGAGACUGAAAGCGACUCGCCGCCUCGCAACACAACCACACCCACCACCACCGACUCCAAACGCUGCCGUCCCACCAUCUGGCUCGACUCGCGCGACGGCGGCGAAUGCCGCGUCGAAAGCAUGUGUCUGAACUGGUACCGCGACCACGGCUGGAAAGGCUACCACUCUGAAGGCGGAAUCCUUAAAACCCUCUUCGGCUACCUCUUCUACGACAUCCUGUUCACCUACGUCCCUAACGUCUUCCAAACCCCGUUCCAAACCUGCCCUCUAGACCUACACACCGACACCUUCUACGCGUCGCGCGCCUCCGAAAUCAACCACCGCCUGGUCGAACUCACCAACGGCGCCGCCCCGCGCAUCCUGCGCUCUGUACACGCGCGCGAAUCCCCGCGCCAGACCUGCGCCGUCGGCAUCGACUGGUCCUUCGAGCUGAGUGAUCUGGAGGAGAUCGUGCAGUGUUUUGACGGCGAGGCCCUGGCCACGGUGUGUAAGGUUCUGGCGCAGGAGUAUCAGCAAAGGGGAGGGGGCGUUCCGGAUCUGUUUCUGUGGAGUGUGGAGAGGGGGAGGGUGAUGUUCGUGGAGGUUAAGUCUGAGAAUGAUCGGUUGAGUGAUACCCAGCGGUUGUGGAUUCAUGUGUUGUCUGGGGCCGGGGUGAGGGUCGAGCUUUGUAAUGCGGUUGCGAGGGAGGUGAGGGCUUCUUCUUCUUCCUAGCCUUGGGAGUUGGAUGUUGUUAGAUACAGGUCGUAUAUAUGCCUUGUAUAGGGGGGAGGGAAACGUUGGAUACAAUCU